GUAUUAAAACUGAUUCUCUCGCUCUAACUUCUCGACCACACUGCCUUUGUCCCAUAGCCAUCUGGCCCAUUCUCAGCAGGAUGUCACAAGGUUUGUCUUCGUAACAUGGACAUCGGGUCAUCUCCCCCCCCCCUCCCCCCGCUGGGUGCAGGAGAGCAUUGUAGCAUCCGGUUCCCCACGGCCCAGCACCUUGUGCAGCUAUUUAUGCCCGUGCAAAGGGGGAAGUGGGGGAGACUAGCCAAUUAGAAAGGUAGCGUUUUGUAAAUUUGUCAGUGUUGUAGAUACACCCAGAGGCAAUGGGAGUAUCAGCCUCAUCCAUCUAUCUUAAGGAUUUCCAGGAGUGCCCAUCACUGUGGUAUAUGUCCAUUACAGUGCUUUAUAAUACUAACUAUACAUUUUUUUAAAAAAAGUAAAUAUUUUGCUCAUGAUCUUAUGGGAUUAUUGACACUCCCCACAAGUGAUAUUGUAACAGCCCCAGGGUAAAGCAUACAACAGAGGAACCUUCUGUGGUGGGGUCAGAAUCCUGGACUGAUGGGCUUUGCAAUCAAGAAUGAUUUGCCUUCAGAAUUAGUAUUUCAUAUAGGAGUGAACUGAGUAUCAAGAGAGAGAGGCAGCAUAGUCCAAUGGACUGCGCACUGGACUAGAAAUCCGGAGACAUGGGUUGUAUUUCUGACUGACCUGGACAAAUCUCUCCUCCUCUGUUUCCCUGUCCAUCUUGUCUAUUUAAGCCCUAAGCUCUUUGGGCAGGGACUGUCUCUCACUAUGUGACUAUACAGCACCUAGCAAAACAGAGCCCUGAUCUCAGUUGGGGCCUUUCAGUGCUACGGUGAUUCAAAUAAUAACUAUACCUAGAUGAAGACCUGAUGUUAGUAGGUUGGCAUUGAUUAGAGCUUCUUUAUUCCAGCCAAGCCGGUCACUCUGCUGUAGUUCAGGUUCAUGUUUAACAGCCAGUUUUUUUAUGUGCUCUAAAACCCACUCCGAUAGUUUGGAAAGUUGUAGUACUAUCAGUGGUUCAAAACUAGGGUCAUUUGAGCAAGGGAUUUCCAAGAUCAGCCCCUUAAAAAGUCACAUGAUUGCAAAUAAAGACUCCAGCCCUGACGCUCAUUUACACCAAAGGAAUUGCGCUGGCAGGGUAAAGCAGCCUUAAAGCAAGUGUAAAUGCAAGCCCCAGAGUGGUGUAAAGGAGCUGCACUGUAAAUGAGGAUCCAGGCCUCUUUUCAGUGAUGUUGACCCAUAACAUGUUAUAAAUUAACUCGGGGGUUAAUGGAUUCCCAAAGGGCAGGCUUGAGAAUAGGACAGUCUAUUUUGUACAUCUGCAUGCCUUAGGCUUGGGUUGCAUCCCUCUUGAAAAAUGCCCCCGGUGACUCACACAGAUAAGGCAGCUGUUUGUUAAUUUGCUCCAUGUUAAAAAGCAGAGAGGCUGCACUGAGUGAAAUGAAACCUUUCAACAUGCCUCUGAGCCCCUUUACCAGCCUGACACCCAAGGAGUGUCUCUGAGCUGGCUGACAUGCUACCCGUGUGUCAGACGGAAUGACGGAUGUAGAGAGCCAUGUUGGUAGAGGGUUGAUUUUUAUGAUCCUCCAGGGUGAUAACUGAAUUGCAGACAAUGAGUUACUAAGAAAAAGGAGCCAUUUAUACUUUUACUGAGUACAAUGACAGGCUUAUGUUCAUUAUUUAAAAGCAAAAGGGAGUCUUUUGUCAAUGAAAAAAACACACCAUAAGGCAGGUGCUGACAAGUCUUGCGGUUCCAGACAGGAGUAUUUAUGAGCAUAAUGCUGAUCUGCAAGCGAUACACAGGGAUUAUUUCAGCCUUCGGAACAGGAGGUGAACACAUUACAGGGCAAAAUCUUGUAGGAGGCCGCCGGACCCUUUGCCAUAAAUAUUCUGGAGCCACUUGGGUGUGGGGCAUCUCUUCUGUCAUCAUGCCUAAAGCCCCGAGGAUGAAGAGCUGGGAUGAGGGCUGCUGCAUUCCAGCCUUAGGGAUGGUUUUCUGCUGGGAGUUCAGGAGGAAAAAGCCUUUGCUCCAGAGGAAAGUGGUAUUUGGCCAGCGCUUGGUUGAGACCAUGGCAUAUGAACAGAAAUUUGGGCAGCACCUGGUUCCCAUCCUGGUGGAGACAUGCGCAGAGUUCAUACGCGAGCAUGGCAUGAAUGAGGAGGGCAUCUUCCGACUGCCUGGCCAGGACAACCUGGUGAAACACUUGAGGGACGCAUUUGAUGCUGGGGAAAGGCCAUCUUUUGACCGCGAUACAGAUGUACAUACGGUGGCCUCUUUGUUCAAACUCUACCUGAGGGAACUCCCAGAGCCGGUUGUACCCUGGUUGCAGUAUGAGGACUUCCUCCUGUGUGGGAUGCUUCUGAAUGGCAAUGAAAUGAAGGGUCAUCAGGAGCUAGUGAAGCAGCUGUCCCUGCUUCCCCGAGUCAAUUACAACCUCCUCAGUUAUAUCUGCAGGUUCCUACAUGAAAUACAGCUGAACUCCAGUGUCAACAAGAUGAGUGUGGAUAACCUGGCAACAGUGAUUGGAGUGAAUCUCAUCAGGCCAAAGAUAGAGGACCCUGCAGUUAUUAUGAGAGGCACCCCCCAGAUCCAGAGAGUGAUGACUGUGAUGAUAAGUGACCAUGCCAAGCUCUUCCCCUUGUCAAAAGAUGAGCCCCCUUCUCCACCCACCACCCAAAGGAACGAUUCCAAGAAGAUCCAAGUGCCACGCAGUUCUGUGGGCUGGGAUGCUGCAGAAGAUCCACCAGCGUCCAAGGCAAACACUGUAACCCAAGGCCAAAGGAGAGAUGACCUAGAUACCAGCAGUCCCACUUCUUCCAGAGCAGAAGUCAGGCUGGGCGCAUCUCUCGAAGAUAAUGAUGUAAACCAACCCAAAGAUAUGUUGGAAAUGUGGAAAAUACAGUCCAGGAAAAGAACUCAGACCCUUCCUAACAGGAAAUCCUUCCUAACUGCUUCCUCUCAGGGGGAGAAAGCCAGCAGUGAUAAAAAUGACAUAUUCAGCAAUGACUUUUGGACAUCUUCAGGAAGUCAGUUGUCUCCUACUUCCCCGACAGAUGGACACAAAAGAACAUUGUCUCAGGAUCUUUUUAAGCUGCUCGACCUUCACCGGACUUCGACCUACGACAAUGUCCCUACCUGCCAGGCAGAGAGUGGGGAAAGCGCUUGCACUAGCCCUUUCAGCACAGUAAGCAGCAGCUCCAAGAAAGAUUUGUUAGCAAACCAAAGCCCCAACCUUGUGCCAAAGGAACUAUCGGGUCCAAACAUCGGUGCUGAGGACUGUGGCUCUGGUCAGGAGAACCUGGAGGCCCUUCAAAAGGUGAUGCUGGGGCUGAAAAAAGAAAUGGAAAUGCAGAAAAAGGACUAUGAAGAGCAAAUUAAAAGCCUCCAGAAGGAGAACUACGAAGUCUGGGCCAAAGUGGUGCGACUGAAUGAAGAGAUCGAGAAAGAGAAGAAGAAGUUUGCGGCGCUGGAACUGAAGUUUCAGAAUGUGGAGAGCUCACGGGAAGACGUUGAGAAGAGGAACAAGGUGCUGGAGCGGGAGAUCCAGGACUUCAGGAAAUCCAUGAGAGAUCCCAGGGACAAAAGAAAAUAAGAGAACGGACCUGGAUUUGUACACACAUGGAGUACAGCUGCAUGGGGGAUUAUCCUCCGCCUUCAGAUAGGAAUUGCCAGACUGGAUUGAACCAGGGGUCUCUCUUGUCCAGAAUUCUGUUGCUGUGAAUGGCCAGCACCAGCUGGUUCAGAGGAGGGCAUAAGGAGCUCUACAGGUUAAUCUUCCGCUAGGGAAAGUUCCUUCCUGACCUCUAGUAGUGAGAGGUUGGUUUAUGCCCUGAAGUAGGAGGGUUUACAUCCUUUUCAAAACUCUCUCUUUUGUUUUUUUAAUCCUACUCUGUUCAUGUUAUCCGUAUAUAUGGCCAAUAAUUUUUUGAAUUCUGCUAAACACUUGGCAUGAAUAAUACCAUGUGGCAGGGAGUUCCAUGUGCUGAUUGUACAUGAUUGUGGCCCUGAAGGAAUCUCUCUGUCACACACCAGUUCCCUGGCCUGAAGGGUGAUAACACUUGUCCUGGGAGAAAGGACUGAUGGUUUUUAAGUUUCUCAGAGGGGAACAAAAAUAACACUGAAAAACUGGAACCAGGAAUUUGGAAGAGCCUGUGGCCUUAUCAUUACAUAGGUGACUGCUCUGAGUUUGGCUGGACAUUGUACCGCAUCCUACGGUUAAAUCCUUUUUCUCCAUCCUCUGCUUCUAGCCUGAGUGAAAUUACAGUUUUCAGAAUAAAGUCUAAAUUUUAGUAUUGCUGUCAUAGAGAUGGAUAAAACAAACUAGAUCACCUUAUGAUAAAACUAGCACCCCUCCUCCCUGGAAGUCCAGUGCAGGAUUGUUCCCCAAAGUAUAUUGUACCGUCACACUUUAUAUUAAUGUUCCAUUUAUAAAUAGUCUAUAACAGGUUAAGAAAUCAUAACUGUUGUUUUAAUAAAUGGUUAGUCAAUCAUUUUAGAUUGUUGUGGACUCCAAUAGGCCAAUAGAUUGCUUAUAAACAUAACAUGCUAAUAAUGUGCUUAUAACCCUCUAUAACAUAUGCGACUGAUGGCUGUAACCUGCUUAUAACAUCAUUUAUUAACCCUUCAUAAAUGAUUUAUAACUCACAGAAUCA